UUGCCACAGUUGGUGCUUCACAAAAUAAUAGCGUUAAACCAAAACUAACUCUUAAUCUUGCAUCAAUCAAAACGUCGCGCGGCAUUAAUGGCCCUAGCUGAAGAUGAGGAAUUUGACGAUGAAGAAGGUAUUAAGUCAAAACGUAAACGUCGAAUUUUAGUUCCUUUGAAAUAUAGUGAUAAUGAGGACGAUGAAAACAAAACCGAAGAAAGGAAAAAGAAAAUUAAUGAGAAUAUUCUUAGCGAAAAGUUACAGCCAUUUGUAAGUAAAAGAAUUGUUGAAUAUCUCGGCGUACAAGAAUAUGAAUUAGUCUCUUUUGGUAUUGAUCAUUUACGUAAUAAAAAGUCAGCUGAAGACUUAACCAAAGGAAUGAUGAUGACUUUAGAUGAGGAAUCCGAGCUAUUUGUAAAGAAAGAAAUUAUGGCGUAUGUUAAUUUUUGAAACGGAAAGUAAGACAAGAAAAAUAUAAAAUGAAGAUACAGCUUUUGAAAGGUUUCUAGAAUGGGCUAGAUAAUUCGAAGUAAUUCGAGGCAAUGGCAUAUAACACGUAGCCAGAGUUUUUAAUUUAUAUACGUCUAUCGGAUUCUUUUCAUUAAAAAUGUGAUAUUUAAAAAAUUAAAAAUUAAAUAUAAUAAAAAUUC